CUAUCUGGGAGGGGUUAGCAUUGCCCAAGACUCUUCGGAGCAACUGGGAUCGUUUCUGUUUCUGCUGGAGGAGACACUCGGCAGCCUGGGCUCUGGGAAGGAGGCAACAUCAGCUAGAGUGAGUCGCGGGGCACCUGCCUUACCUGCUUGAAGAGCUACGAUGGCAGUCAACAAGGGCCCGACCUUGCUGGACGGAGACUGCCCUGAGCAGGAGAAUGUGCUGCAGCGGGUCCUGCAGCUGCCCGUGGUGAGUGGCACCUGUGAGUGCGUCCAGAAGACCUACACCAGCACCAAGGAAGCCCACCCCCUGGUGGCCUCUGUGUGCAAUGCCUACGAGAAGGGCGUGCAGGGCGCCAGCAGCCUGGCCGCCUGGAGCAUGGAGCCAGUGGUCCGCAGGCUGUCCACCCAGUUCACAGCUGCCAAUGAGCUGGCCUGCCGAGGCCUGGACCACCUGGAGGAAAAGAUCCCGGCCCUCCAGUACCCUCCCGAAAAGAUCGCCUCUGAGCUAAAGGACACCAUCUCCACCCGCCUCCGCAGCGCCAGGAACAGCAUCAGCGUGCCCAUCGCCAGCACCUCGGACAAGGUCCUGGGGGCCGCCGUGGCCAGCUGUGAGCUCGCCUGGGGGGUGGCCAAAGACACGGCCGAGUAUGCCACCAACACCCGAGUCGGCCGGCUGGCCUCUGGAGGGGCUGAUCUGGCCCUGGGUGGUGUGGAGAAGGUGGUCGAGCUCCUCCUCCCUCCAGCCGAGGAAGAGCCAGCCCCCGCUCCAGGACGCCAGCGGGCCCAGAAGCCUCCCAACACCAAGCCAAGCCUCGCGAGCAGGGUUGGGAGCCUGGCCAACAGACUCUCCCAACACACCUUGCACACCACCGCCCAGGUGCUGAAGCAGGGCCAUGCCCUGGCCAUGUGGAUCCCAGGUGUGGCCCCCCUGAACAGCCUGGCCCAGUGGGGUGCGUCCGCGGCCAUGCAGGUGGUGUCCCGACGGCGGCAGAGCGAGGUGCGGGUGCCCUGGCUACACAACCUGGCCACCGCCCACGAGGAGGACCACGAUGACCAGACAGACACCGAGGGGGAGGAGACCAAGGAGGAGGAGUCCGAGUCAGAGCCGGAGGAGCAGCUCAGUGAGGUAGCAGCCUCGCCCCGCCCGCAGGGCCUCCUGCGCAGCACGGUGCACACCCUGCAGAAGGCCAUCCAGGGCACCAUCUCGGCCGUGAUGUGGGCGCCUGCGGCGGUGCUGGGCACCGCAGGGAGGGUGCUGCAUCUCACCUCGGCCCCUGCUGUCUCCCCGGCCCCUGCUGUCUCCCCGGCCCCUGCUGUCUCCUCGACCAAGAAGAGGGCCAUGUCCCUGUCAGAUGCCCUGAAGGGGGUUACGGACAACGUGGUGGACACAGUUGUGCACUACGUGCCGCUCCCUAGGCUGUCACUGAUGGAGCCCGAGAGCGAGUUCCGGGACAUCGACAACCCGCCGGACGAGACCGAGCGCAGGGCGUCCGCGGCACCGCCAGCCGGCCCGGAGCCCCCGCCGCGGCCAGCCCAGCACCGCGGCAGCCUGCGCAGCGCGAGGGGGCCGGGCCUGGAGGACCUGCCCAACGCGCUGCGCUCGGCGCUGCCGGGCGGGCCCCGCGAGAAGCCGGCGCGCAGGGUCAGCGACAGCUUCUUCCGGCCCAGCGUCAUGGAGCCCAUCCUGGGCCGCGCGCAGUACAGCCAGCUGCGCAAGAAGAGCUGAGCGCGGCGCCGCGGGGCCCCGGAGCCAGCGCCCCUGCCGCCAGCCAGCAAGCAGAACCCCGGGUCCAAGAGCACCGACUUCCCCAAAGCAGUUCCCUGGGCGCUCAGCCUCGGCGCCUCAUCCUUGAGCAUCUUUUCGGGGCUUAGCCUGCAGCCAAGUAAAAAAAAAA